AGCUGUACUAUGCUUAAGGCAUAGGUGCAAUUGUUUUAACAUGAGAUUGACAAGCACGCUGUCCUUCACAGCACUGUCACUUCUGCAGCUGAGCUGUCAGGGCCAGGAAGUCCAACGAUAUUGUUUACCCAAUGCCACCCGCUUCGAGAACCGGAGCUUGGUGAGAUCCUCGCUGGGCACUGGGGAAGAAUAUCCUUUGCAAAUGCUCUACUUCUUCUCCUCCGUGAGCUAUUUGACCAACAAGCUCGUUUCUCUGCUCAUCAGUGAGAUCUUGGGCUAUCACAUGCAUGAGGUCUGGUGUACCACUGAAGGCUGUUUGUUCAACCCGGAAUUCGCGACGGGAGCUCUGGCUGGCUGUGGUUGGACCGAUUGCCUCAGCGACAGCACCAGGAUCCACAUUGCGAUGAACACGCGAUCGGGGUCUCAUCAUCAGUACCUGGACUCCUUGCACGAUUGGGCUGUGGCCCUGCCCGCUUGGAAGAACCUGGCAGCCAGGCUGCCUCGCUACGUGGGGACGAUGGGCUACGACUUGGCGCAGGGGUGGUUCCUGCGGCGUUCGGUUCAGGAGGAAGCUCUGACUUCUGCAGGCUUGGCCCUGGACUCCUUCCGCGGCUACAAUCGCUCCUGGUUUUCUCCGUGGAAUUACUUCGACCGCAUCUCAGACAUCAACGCCUCGCGGCUCUUUCCCUGCAACUAUUCAGAUCACCGCUUCGUGAACUUGGAGAUGAUGGCAACAUAUGUGGCAGUCACUGGAGACACCGCUGGACUCACCGCAGAGGGCACUGCUCUUUGCCACGAGGGGACCUGGUUCCUGACCCCCGCCUGUCGCGUGGAUCCGUCGACCUGCAUUCCCUGCAUCUCCACCCAGACAUCAGUGGCCGAGAACACCCUGCUCCAGAUGAUGCAAUUGGGCACCUCCUCCAAUAUGCCUUUGGCAAUUGCUCUGGUGCACACCCGUGAGUGGAUUUCACUGAUCCACGAACAUUCGGUGAUUUGGCAGGCCCUCACAUUGGAUGGUUUUCAUUUGGACUUGGACCCCGUUUUGAUCCAGUUUCCCACCUUCGACAAGUCUGCUUGGGAUCGAGGUGACCUCAGGAUGGAAAUGAACAGUGGCGAAGUGGGAAAGUUAGUGAGCUUCGACUUGCACCAACUGGCGCCCGACGUGGAGGCAUUGAUCAAAAAGCUGGACAUGAGGCGCGAGGACGUGGUCGAACUGACCUUGGCCUAUCAAGCCUCCGACCGCACACGCGAGGCGACGGAUACAUUGAUUUGCCUCUGGCUGCGGGAGAAUGAAGAGAUCUGGAAAAGAUGGUUGCCAGAUACUUCGGAAUGCUUUUCAGGCUUUGGCAUGUAUGACAACCAUUUGCAGUCCUUUGUCAGCAGCCGUGCAGAUCGUUCGCACUUGACCUGCUACGCCUGUCCGUCUGGACGCUUCUCGCAGGUGCUGUUAGACAGCUUUGGGAAGACGCACAGCUGCGAGAAAUGUCCCAGAGGUACCUACCAAAACUUGGCUGCAACACUUCAAUGCACCAGGUGCCCCUCCGGUGAGUACCAGGACCAAGAGGGAAGUGUGGCCUGCAAGCGUUGUGCACAAGGUUUCUAUCAGCAUUUGCCGGGCUCUGCACAGUGCAUCGCCUGUGACAAUGGCACGACCACCUUGGGCUUGGGGUCCCUCUCAAUCGAAGACUGUGGAUGUCUCGAUGGCUUUAUUGAAACUCAUCGCGAGGAUGGUUUGCCCAACUGCCUUUCCUGCCAAGAGGGCUUGUCCUGCCCUCUUCUCUCCACCAUCGACAGCUAUGAGACAGGGGUGUCAAGCCUUGGGGAGAUGCACGUCCCAAGCUUGUUGCCUGGCUAUACCUCGGUGCGCGACGCCGCUCUCGAGGUGUUGAAAUGCGGCGGGGAGGACCGCUGUCCUGGUGGUACACCCAGCACUUGUGGCUCGGGACUCUUCGGUGAAGUGUGUUCCGAAUGUCCGCAGAACCAACAUUGGGUCGCUGGUGAGGACGGCGAUGCCAGUUGCACUGACUGCCCGGUUUGGCUGACCAUGGCUUGGGUUUGUGCGGCUGUGGUGCUGUUGUUGGCGCUUCCCUUCUCUCAAUACGAGCCGAAGGUGGGCUUGGGGAUGAUCAAGAAAGCCAGGCCUGCAGAGACGCUGACCUUCACGCUCUUUUCGGUGGUGGAUAUCUCGUCCAACACCCUACAGACCCUGUCUAUCAUCGGGCAAAUCACCGUUCACUGGCCACAGGACUUAGCCGCCUUCUUCCAGUGGCUUCAGAUUUUCUCCUUGGAGGUCACCGAUCUGGGUUUCAGCUGCUUCGUCGGUAGUUACGGCGUGAACCAGUACGUGGCUCAAUCAGGCUUUCUGCCCAUUGGGCUGCUGUGGAUUUGCCUUUGCUUCGGCGUGUGGCACCUCUGCACUCGAAAGGGGACGCUGGGCUUCUUCCUCACCACCGUGGGCCAGACUUGCCGUGGCAGUUUUCCAGCCCUUUGUAACGUGGCUCUGUUGCCCCUGAUGUGCUACCAGCAUCCCAAUGGCUGGAAAAGCAAUCUUCAGUAUCCUGGCAUCUUGUGUGGCUCCUCCCAGCACCACACCAUGCUGGGUCUUGGUACAAGUCUGGGUGUGAUGCUGGUGACCUUCUUGGCGUUUUGCAUUUGGGCCACCAUCAGGCUUCCAAGUUGGAGCUCCAAUGAGAAGCUCGAGAUGCUGGAGGCUUCGCGCUUUUUGCUGGUGAAGUAUCGAAGCGACCGCUGGUGGUUUGCGAUCCCCUUUCUGCUUCGCGGCCCUAUUCUGUCCCUUCCGCUGGCAUUGGCCACCGACAAUGCUGUGGCUCAGAUCGUGGUGAUCGCUUCCAUUCUGAUGAUCUAUGUGGCGAUGGAGUCGGUCGCUGCGCCAUGGAAGGUGCCGGUGCUGAACCUGGUUGAGAUCACCACGACCUGGGGCUGCAUCUUAGUGGUGCUCACUGCUGGCAUGCAUGUGAGGGAGAUGAGCGACGAUAUGCUGCUGUUUCUGAUGAUCUUUAGCAUGGUUGCUUUGGCCAUGGCGGGCGUCUCUGUGCUGGUCACUUUGGGGAUGACGCUGUGGGGCCUCUUUCGCUUCGCAUGGCGAGGCAACGCGGAGCACUCGUUCUUGACGCUGGGAACCAUCCCUCCGGCGGACGUCUUAUCCAAGCAGUUGUUUGCCAUCGCAUCGACCUUGGGCUCUGUAGAAGAGCAAUUCGUCAUUGAACGGAUGAAGGAUUUGGCCGCAGUGGACGCAAGACUCAUCAUGUCAUGCCUCGACAGGCUGGUAUUGGAGGUGAUGCCUUCCAAGAUCAAAGUGGCCGGCUUCACCUCGGGACGUAUCGGAUCCCGCUCGGGCUCCAUCGAAUCCCUGCUGAUCAGGCCGUCCAGGAGCUCCUCGAGUUUCAGUCCUCGAUCGAACUCCACCGGCAGCGGGGACCUCGAGUCAGGACCUUCCGGCUUCGGGCCGCCCAUGAGUGACUCUUUGGCGGUGGACCACAUGGCUAGAACAGAGCACCAUAUCGACCCGAUCAUGUACCAGCAGGAGCUGGGCAUCUCUAUGCCUUCGGACUGUGAUGACCCUCAAGAGGUCUCACGUUACUUUUGAAGAUCGACUUGGAGCUCAGCAUGUGAGGAACUUCCAACCUUCCUGGAGAUGUAAUUCAGAUGGAGUGUACCUGGUACCUCAAAUCCACUUC